GUGUUAUCCAUCUAUCUAGAAGCAAUGCCAUGUUUUAGUCUAAUACAUUGAAUAAAAAUGCUAUAUCACGUCAGACAGACAUUUGCGGAAGUUGCAACAUUAUUGAAGAGGAUGAGACAGAAGCAGAGUUUUUUUAAAAAACACACACAGUUAUAGCCUCAAAGCAGAAGUCCACUAAAGACCAUCUGAGCGGACCAGACAGACUCCUAACAACCCUCAUACAGAACUGCAGCUGGAUUUCAAACAUUUGUCCAGGAUGAACAGAACACCACAGGACGAAAUUGAGGAAAUCGAAGAAGAAGCUGACUAUGUUAAUGAGCCUGUAUGCACUGUGGAGAAAGUGGCAGCCCCUCCAGACCAGAGGUUUCGCUUCUUCACUCAGUCUUUUCCCCUGAUAGCAGUGUGUUGGCUGAUACUGUUAGUCAUCAUGGGCCUUCGUAUCCACUUUACCUCUGUCAUUUCUGAAAACAACGCCAAGCUGACGGCAGAAAACCAGCAGCUGAACCAGUUAAAAGAAAACCAAACAGCUCUACUGGAGGCCAAUCGCAACCUGACAAACAACAACAACAAACUCAGCUCAGACAAUGAAAACUUGAGGAGGGACCACAAAAAUCUGACCGUCCAGUUUGACAACCUGACAAAAGGCUAUACUGUCUUAGAAAGCAAGACCACAAGCCUGACUGCAGAAAACCAGAAGCUGAACACAAGAAACCAGGAGCUGGAGACACAGAAGAACAACUUAACAGAACAAAUACGAGACAUGGAGACUAACUGGAAUGAGCUGAACGUCAGUCGAGCUCAGUGGAGCAUUGAUGCCUACUGCCCCAAAACAAAUAAUGGGAGACAGUGUGAACCUUGUCAGGAGGGCUGGGAAUACAACAAGCCCAGCUGUUAUGCGAUUAAUAACGCUCCUCCUCCUGAACGGAGAACCUGGGAAGAAGCUCGGGAAGACUGCAGAGGAAAGAAUGCAGAUUUGGCUGUUAUACAUGAUCAAAAGGAGAAGAAAAUAAUCGAUGGUUACAGCAGGGGAAGUUCAGGAACCGAUGGAUACUGGAUUGGCCUGAGAGUUGAAAAUAGGAAAUGGAAGUGGGUCGAUGGAAGUGAUCUGACUGAAAUCUUCUGGAUAGCCUCUCACGGUCACUGUGCAAUAUCUGUCCAGGCCUCAGGAUGGAUAUCAUGGAGAUCAGUGAGUUGUAGUAACAGAAACCGAUGGAUCUGCAAAAAGAAAGCUUUAUCUGUUUAAACAGAGAAGUCAUACUUGAGGAGGUUACUGGAUACUCUGCAAGAUAAUAUCAACUGGCUUAAAAAUAUCAAGAUUUCUACUUCACACCCAGAUCUCAUGUAUACACACAGUUAGAUUAUAAAUACUGUGAAUCUGACUACUGAAACCAGCAUUGAAUAAAAA